AUGACGCUGACGUCGACCGAUCCCGGCGGCAGCACGCCCCACCGGACGGCCCUGACUUCCUCCGAAGUGAAUCCGGCAAUGCUGCUUGCAGGCAACGUCCAGCAAGACAUCCCCCCGGACAUGGUGGUGCUUCUCCAGCAGCUCGAACAGGACUUCGCCAACCACGAAAUCGACCAGUGGACGUAUAUCAACCGACGCGAGGCCAUCAUGCAACUGGUGCUGAAGAUCCACGAGCAGCAGCAGCACAUGCAAAUGAAGCACCAGGAGUUGGACCCGAAAUUAUUGGAACCGCCGCUAUACCCUCGGAUGCUGGGGGACUUGGAGAAGCUGCAACAGGUGCCACUUACACAGAUCUUUAAGCUGCGGGCGACGGUGUCCAAGGGGGAGCCGGCAUUGAUUGUAUUGGACGGCAAGGGCAACAAGGUGAACCAGAUCACGUGGGAUAAGCUUUUUGCCAAAGCGGUGAAAGUGGCCAAUGAAAUCCACAAUAAGAUGACGCUUAAGAACCUGGAUACGGUGGUGUUGCUCUACGAAGACGGCGAGGUCGUCGAGUUUGCCAUUGCCUUGUUUGGCUGCUUCAUCGCUGGCGUUACCGCCAUCCCCAUCCACCACGACAUCAGCAUCAUGGAGGUGAUCAAUGUCAUCAAACUCACCAACACCAAGCUCCUCUUGUACUCGGAAAGCGUUGCCAAACGGCUAGAGAAGAUCCAGACGCCAAACAGCCGCCUCCAGUGGCCCCAGAAAUUGGUGAGAUGGCGCUCGACCGAUUUCGGCAGUGCCAAGAAGCUGGAGCUCGCCGUGUGGAACAAACGCAUCCAGGCCGACGCCAACAGCACCAACUUGGCCUACGUCGAGUUCUCGAGACUGCCUGUCGGUGAACUUAGAGGAAUCGCCCUCAGUCAUCGUACCAUUUUACACCAAAUGAAUUCAUUGAACCAGACGUUGCUGAGUCUUCCUGAUGCCGGCACCGAGCUUAAACGACCGUUUAACGAAUACCCCCGCUCAGUGAAAGUGGUGCUUGCCACUCUCGACAUCCGGUUCCUGAUUGGUCUCAUCAUGGGGAUGUUGUUUACGGUAUAUUCUGGUAACGUGUUGACGUGGGCCCCCUCGCGAGUGAUGGAAGUCCCGGGUUUAUACGCCAACAUCAUCUCCCGAGUGCGGGCGUCGCUUUUAUUAGCCGAUUACUUCAACUUGAAACGGGUCACCUACGACUACCAGCAACUGCCCAACGCCACCAGACAGUUCUCCAAGACGGUGAGAGUCGAUUUCUCUCUGGUGCAAUGGGUGUUAGUCAACGCAUUGACGAUUGACGGCGAGUUUAUGGAAAUUUUGAGUCAUCGUUAUUUACGACCGUUAGGGUGUCAGCACCCCGAGAACGCCAUCAUCCCCAUGUUGACGCUUCUGGAAUACGGGGGGAUGGUCAUCUCAUUACGUGACUGGCUUGGGGGGCUGGAUGGCGAUAGCGAGUUGCUGCUGGUACUCAUUGAUAAGGAAGCAUUGCUGCGCAACUUGGUGAAUAUCGUUGAUACCAAUCCCCUGGGGUUUGAUGAUAUCUCACCCGAUCUCUUACGGGUGGACGCGUUUGGGUUUCCCUUGCCUGAUGCCACCGUGGCGGUGGUGAACCCCGAAACAUUGACAUUAGUCAAUAAGGGCGAACUUGGGGAGAUUUGGAUUGACUCGCCAUGUCUCUCCGGAGGCUUCUUUGGUCUUAAAAAGGAACUGAAACAGUUCUUCCACGCCAAGUGUCGAGGUGUUGGUGGCAUCAACGACAUGGACUUCUUACGUACCGGUCUCCUUGGUUUCACCUUUAACCAGAAGAUCUACGUGUUGGGGCUUUACGAAGAUCGCAUCCGUCAAAGAAUCUCGUGGAUGGACCAACAAUUAUACCGCAAGCUCAAAAAGGAUUUGGUCAUCGGCAACGGGUUCAGAUACCACUACUCGUCGCAUUUAUUAGCCACGUUGGCCCUGGAAGUGAGUCAAGUGUACGACUGUACCAUUUUCGACGUGUUCAUUGGCCACGAAUAUUUACCCGUCGCCAUCGUUGAGGCCGAAGUGGUGCGUAAAUUGGCCGAUGAAAAUGAAACUGAUAAAGCAGCCAACGGCAACCCAAAACAACCGAAAACCGACCAGUAUCUGGCCGUCCCCUUAAACGAACCAGUACUCAAUCUGAUUGCCCAACAGUGCUUUGAUACGUUAUACAAGCGUCACUUUUUGAGAUUAUAUUGUGUGGUAGUGGUUGAUUGUGAUACUCUUCCCAAAAUCAUGAGACUGGGAGGUAAGGAAAUCGCUAACAUGUUGUGUAAAAAGCGAUUCCUCGACGGUCUGUUGCGGGCCGAAUUUGUCAAGUUCUUUGUCCGUAAACUGAUUCUGAUGAUCCCCCACGGAGAGGACGUCAUCGGUGGUAUCUGGUCGCCCUACGUGCUGGCGCUUCGUCUGCAACUGCUAGCCCCCUUUGCCAACCAGAUCUCGACGAUAGACUACCGAGAAAAACUGAUUGAUGAUAAAACUGGGGCUCCGCUUACCGACUUCAAAAGUAUCAUUGAUGUCCUCAAGUUUCGGGUGGCUUCAGGAGGUGAUCAGAUUGCCUUCCAAAAUAUCGACAAUAGUGGCAAGUCGCUGCUGAAACCGUUAACGUGGAAGAAGUUUGAACAGCGGGUAUAUGCUGUGUGCAACUACUUCUUGGAGAAAAAUAUGGUUCGCCCUAACAAAUACGUGAUGCUCAUGUACAGUUUACUGGAAGAGUUUGUCAUUGCCGUGUUUGCCUGCUUUUUAUGUGGCAUUAUUCCUGUCCCCAUAUUACCAUUCGAUUCAAAUCGAAUCCGUGAGGAUUUCCCUGCUUUCGCUGGUGUACUCAAAGACUUCCAAAUUGAUGAGAUUUUGGUCAACGAAGACGUGGAAAAGUUCCUUAAAAAUGGUAUUGUGGCUGACUCCAUCAAGAAGCUCAAUCUGAAGCGGCGUAAGGUGCUCAAAAUCAAGAACACGGGUAAACUCACCAAAAUGCCCCACUCCUUGGCCCUGUUGAACCUGCGUAUCCUGAAAUUCCAGGCGCAAAUCAACUUCAGAGACCCCCUGACGGUGGCGCUUGUCUGGCUCAACUUCUCCAGUGAUCAUUACCGGUUUGGCGCCACGUUAUCCCACAAACUGAUCAUGGGGAUCUGCAAAGUGUUUAAGGAGACUUGUAAUCUUCUGCUGAAACUGCCCAUCGUCGGUUGUGUACGUCAUGCUGUCGGCAUUGGUUUCGUCCAGGCGUGUCUUUUGGGGGUGUAUUUGGGUACCACCACCUAUUUACUGCUGCCAGUGAACUACGCCGAAAACCCGUUGGCAUUCUACUUAGCGCUUGCUCGCUACAAAAUUAAGGACGUAUAUGUCACCGAGCAAAUGCUUAAGUAUGCUGCCAUCAAAUUCACCCCUAAAGGUUUCAACUUGAACCACUUGAAGAACAUGAUGAUUUCUAUGGAAGACCGUGUCGACUACGAAUUCUUACGGAAAAUCGCCAAGGUGUUCCACCCCGCGAAAUUGACUCCCCUGACGAUGCUGACUGUCUACAACCACUUCUAUAACCCGAUGGUGGCGCUGAGACUGUACGCCACUGUGGCCCCCGUCGAGCUUUACUUGGACCCCGUGGCCUUACGCCAAGGGUAUGUUAGUAUCGUCAACCAGGCUGACUACCCCAAUGCGCUUUUGAUUCAGGAUCUGGGUAUGGUUCCCGUAUGUACUGAGGUGGCUAUUGUCAACCCUGAAACCCGCAAAGUGUGUCGCGAGGGCGAGUUUGGUGAGAUCUGGGUGUGCUCAGAAGCUAACUUAUCCAACUUCACCAACGGUCCUGUGGGGCCCAAGGAUAACUUUACCGAGCUGCAAUUUCACGGCGUCAUUGAUGGUGGUGACCCUAACAUCCAAUACUUGCGCACGGGCGAUUUGGGCUUCCUACACAACAUUUCCAUCACCAAGACGUCAAAGUCACCCAGCACGUCGGCGGUGCCUGAAACUGCUCUGUUUCAACCGUUAUUUGUGUUGGGCAAGAUCGCCGACACGUUCGAAGUGAUGGGGUUACACCACUUCCCCAUCGAUAUCGAAAACACCAUCGAACUGUGCCACCCCGACAUCUUCACCAACGGGCUGUGUGUGUUCAAGUGCGCUGACUUCACCGUGGUGGUGUGCGAGCUGAAGCGGCUGCGGUACUUUGCCCUGUUGGUGCCCUUGAUCGUCAACACCGUGCUCUCAAAGCACCACUUGAUCGUCGACAUUGUCGCGUUCGUCAAGAAAGACAAUUUCCCCAUAUCUCGCUUAGGCACCAAGCAACGGGCGAGAUUGGUCGAUGCGUGGGUGUCGGGUGAGAUCCCCAUCCUGGCGCUGUUUGGCGUCAAUUACGGGGAAAACCUGAUGAUCCAGCUUGUCAAGGAGAUCGACGUGGUUGCCCGCGACCACCCGAUCACGGGGUUGCGCAACCCGGCUCUGAGUUAUUACGACGAUGAGCCCAACGUGUUUGACGACCCCAGCGCUGUCCAGUUGACAGUGCACGAGUAG